UUUCGUUCCUGUUGUGGUCGAUGACGAUGGAUUCGGUCCACAAGAGUUGCUCGUCGGCGACGACGCCGGCGAAGGAAUCGAGGGGGGCGGCGUCGUCCAGGUCGAAGCAUCAGUCGCAGGAGGCCACGAAGCUGUCCGAGAACGUGAACCCCAACCUCUCGCACGCCAGCCCCGGCCCCAGGGCGGCGGCGGCGGCCGCCAGUUCCCCUGCCGCGGCGGCCAAGUCGGGCAAGUCGCAGAAAUCGGCCUCCAAGAACCCGAAUCCGGCGAGCAAUUGCUGCUCCCCCAACAGGAACAGGAUCCGGGAUCGGAAGUUCGUCCGGGCGAGGAGGAACGCCAGGAGAGGGGAGGCCGUGGGGCCGAGGGGGGCGGCAGCGGCGUGCAAGUGCAAGGAGAAGGCCGGGAAGAAGUGUCUCUGCGUGGCUUAUGAGAGCUUGAGGGCUUCGCAGGAGGAGUUCUUUAAGAGCAAGGGCCGCGAGGGCGGUGAGUUGAUUGAAUUGGGGGAAGAGAUGGAGAAUCGGUUGAUGAUACAUGACCUGGGGAAUGAAGAGGAGGGGUUUCAGGGGAAAACUGAGGGAAAUGGGUCGUCUCCGCUCGAGGAUCUUGAAUUUUGUGAGCUGGGCGAGAUUGGUGCUGCUUCGGUUCAAGUCGGGGUUUCCACGGUGAAGAGGAGGAGGGACAAGUUGAUGGAAGAGGCGAGGAAGAGUGUGCCUGAGAGCGGCUGCGGGAGAGUGAUGCAUCUGGUUAAAGCAUUCGAGAAUCUCCUGAAGAUACCGAAUCCGAAGGAGGCGGAUUUGAAGGACGAGAUAGAGGUGGCUGAGGAGCAGAGCAGGAAGAAGGUGAUGAGCUGGGCGCUGCCGGGAUUGCCGCCCCCGAAGGCCCCGGAGACAGAGGUGUCUUCGUCUUCCUUCUCUCCGUCGGAAUUGCACUUGACAGCCGAGAAUCUAGGCCUGGAUUCGCAGGCUUCUCUUUCGUCUUCGUGGGACAGCAGCCAAGGAAGCGUUUCGAGCAGAACUUCUAAUGGGGGUCGGAGAAGCCGUAGAAACAGCCUCGAAUCAUAUGGGACAUUAGGUGGAAGUAGAUGGAAGAAGAAACAGCUGAGAGUCACCAGCCAAAAGCCUUUUCAGCUGAGAACUGAGCAAAGGGGAAGAAUGAAAGAGGAGGAGUUCAUGAAGAAGAUGCGAGAGACUAUGGUUGAGGAAGAGAGACUGAGGAUACCAGUUGCGCAAGGUCUGCCAUGGACGACCGAUGAACCCGAGUAUCUCAUCAAACCUCCCGUAAAGGAGAAUACAAGGCCGCUCGACCUGAAGCUACACAGUGAUAUGCGGGCAGCAGAGCGAGCUGAGUUUGACCACCAGAUAGCAGAAAAGAUGAGCUUGAUCGAGCAAUACAAGAUGGAGAGGGAGAGGCAGCAAAAGUUGGCAGAAGAAGAAGAAAUCAGAAGGCUGAGAAGAGAACUCGUGCCCAAGGCUCAACCCAUGCCAUAUUUCGACAGGCCUUUCAUCCCAAAGAGGUCAUUGAAAAACCCAACUAUUCCAAGAGAACCCAAGUUUCACAUUCCUCAGCAGAAGAAGAUCAAGUGCUGUUUAUCAUGGAAUGACAUGAGCCCCUACACAUACCAUGAAUGUGCCCACGAGGAUAUGCAGAAGUGAACUAUAGAACUCUUUGCUCUGUCAGUUACCAAUAAUAUUGUUCAGUAUAUUCAUUCUUUCUCGAAAAUUUGUAAAUCAAGCAACAAUAAAGUUGCGAGUUUUGAUUGGACUUUCAA